UUAUCUUCGAAAAGUAACGUAACUUUAUAGUCAUGAUAAAACAUUGUUAAUCUUUGUCCUCGAAUAACUUUCCAAUUACUAUAUGUAACUUAGACCUUACAAACAUGUCUGUGUACGGACACAUGUUACGUAUAUAGUAGGCGACGACAGAGAGAGUGCGCGGGGUAUGUUGAACUGUUUCGCGGGAGAUGCUGCGGUUGUACGAAAGUAUAGUAAGCUGUCAACAGUAAAACCACUUCUUCUGCAACUUUCACAGUCACCUGCGCAGUAACCAAGAGCAUGUUCUCCGAACUCAGCGCCCAGGGGGAGAGCUCGCCCUCCCUGCUUUGUAGACCUGGCUCAGAGGAGAGGGGCCCCGUGUUCGAGCGGGUGGAGCCAGCCUUCUCUUCCUGCGCAGAGCGCUUCAAGUUGGGGGAGCGGAGCUUCAACCGCCAGUAUGCUCACAUCUACGCCACCAGGCUAAUGCAGAUAAACCCACUGCUGACUGAGAGAGCCAAGCAGAAAUGGGGAGAUGACGUUCUGAUGAGGAAACUUUGCGACCUGCAGAUGGGAGAGCAGUGUUGCAUUGUGGGAACCCUGUUCAAGCACAUGGAGCUGCAGCCGUCCAUUCUGAAGGAGAUCAGCGAGGAGCACAACCUCCUUCCCCAGCCGGCACGCACCAAGUACAUCAGCCAAUCAGACGAGCUGAUACUAGAGGAUGAGCUACAGAGGAUCAAGCUGGAGGGGAACAUCAACGCAGACAAGUUUGUCACAGGUAGUGUGAUUGCAAUAUACGGGGCAGAGAAGAAUUAUGGCAAGUUCACAGUGGAGGAUUUCUGUAUGGCCGACCUCCCCCCUCAGUCCCCAAGGCCAACUCUAAACUCAGACAGGUUUGUGCUCCUGGCGUCCGGCCUGGGUCUGGGCGGCACCGACGCAGACAGCAUGCUGGCUCUGCAGCUGCUGGUCGACAUGGUAACGGGCCAGCUGGGAGACCAGGGCGAGCAGAGCGGCGCGGCGACCAUCUCCAGGGUGCUCCUGGCUGGGAACCUGCUGAGUCAGAGCACCCAGGACAAAGACGCCUCCACCAGGGCCAAGUACUUGACAAAGAAGACCCAGGCAAGCAGUGUGGAUGCCAUGAAACUGCUGGACGAGAUGCUAAUACAGCUGGUGGGCUCAGUACCAGUGGAUGUGAUGCCAGGCCAGUAUGAUCCCACUAACUUCACCCUCCCCCAGCAGCCCAUGCACCGCUGCAUGUUCCCCCUCUCCUCCCCCUACCCCACCCUGCGGCUGGUCUCCAACCCGUACCAGGCCGACAUACACGGCCUCCGCUUCCUGGGGACGUCUGGCCAGAACGUGUGCGACAUUAAGAGAUACAGCAGCAUGGACGACCAUCUGGAGAUCCUGGAGAACACACUCCGUCUGAGGCACCUGGCCCCCACCGCACCCGACACACUGGGCUGCUAUCCGUUCUACCAGAAGGAUCCUUUCAUCCUGGAGGAGUGUCCUCAUGUCUACUUCAGUGGCAGCGCCCCCUCCCUCCAGUCCAAACGCUUCACAGGUUCUGACGGUCAGGAUGUCCUCCUGAUAGCCAUCCCAGAAUUCUGCAGCACACGGGCGGCCUGUCUGGUGAACCUGCGCACGCUGGAAUGCGAGCCAAUCAGCUUCUCCUCCUUUUCCGCCAACGAUGACGAGGACAGCGAGAUGAAUAUCAGCCACUGAUCAACUUGUGACACACACACACACACUCUCCUGUGCUGGCAGUCUUUCUGUGCAUACCAGCUGUGAUCAGACAUCACUAUGAAAUAGCUUGUAUGAUGCUGUUGUAUAGCAUCAUAGUAGAGCACUGUAGUCUCAGAAUACACCUUCAACUGAAGCCUGUUACAAUCUCAGCUGGAUUCUAUAAUAUAUGCUCAUCAGUCUCAUGGAUUAUUAAACUUGUCUGGGUUUGUAUGUGGAAAUCAAGUAGGCCUGCCCACAUGGCAGAACUUCAAUGUGUCAUAUAUGGGAACAACAGAAAUGCGAGUGCUGUACUUAAACAAACCUUUAUUACUUAAACAAAAUAACAUGUCUUCUGAUUUUGAGCUUUAUUGUAGAACCACACUAAAGAAUGUCAGUUUCCUCAUCCUUCAGGAAAAAUUCUCUGUGUCUCCGCAUCUGUAAAUCAAUGUUGUGUUGUUGGAUGAAAGAAAUGUAAGUAAAUCAACUCUUUUAUAAGA